UUUCUUUCUCUACUCAUCCCUUCCAUGCACGCAACCUCCUCCGAUCCUAGAUCCAUCCUUGCUCGGCCAUUUUCUUACUUCGGAUAAGGCGACACACGCACGGCCUGUAGACACGCCAUGGCGCUCGCCCGCCCUGCCGUUGCCCUCGUCUGCCACAUGCACGACGCCGCGCGCGGCCAGCACGCCGGCCCGCGCGGCGUCCCUGCUGCUGCGCGUGAACUCUGGAUCACGGUGACCCGGUGACUCGCCCGCCCCGCGCCUCCUCACGCGCCGGCUCCACCCCUCAUCGCUCUCCUCCAGCGUCUGCCUCCCACUUCCGAGUCCCGAGCUCGCAAUCGGCCCGCUGUCCACUGGAGUCCUCGCCGCUGUCCAUGGGAACCCCUGCCGCCAUCCUCGGGAGCGUAAUCCCUCCCGCGUUGGGCGGUGCGGUGUUUUGGUGGUUCUGCCUGCCCGCCCGCCCAUAGCAUGCGGCAUGGCAGCGGCCUUGGCUGCCUCGUUCGUCGGCGGCAUGGCGCGCCAUCAUCGGCCUUCCGACCUCCUUCAUUUGCAUGAUGCGGUAGUCGUCCGUGAGGAACGGAGCGCCGUGCCGGGAGGCGCCACCGCGCAGAAGUGCACCCGCGAGAUGCUCAACGUGGCAUUCCACGAACUGCAGGCGGAGGCCAGGGACGCUAAGAAGCCCUCCGCGGCCCAGCUGCACGAGGCGACCCUCAAUAUCUUGCGAACAGGGGCAUGCUGCUCAAGCUCAAUGCCAAGGAGCAGCAAGCACUGUUUGGGAUCUUGUAGUCAUCAGAUCGGGCUACAGCGAUGGAGCUCGUGAGGACCAGUAGCGGAGGACCACCCCACCUCCCGCAUCCAUCUCCCUGCCACCCGGGCCCGCGUGUCAGCCCUUCCUUCUUCCUCUCGCCCGCGUAGUCGGCGCCCGAGUUUGGAAGGGAAUAGCCGCGAGAGAACACAUAUGGAAGCCGAAGCAAAGAAAGAGGAAAGGAGAUCGCGCAAUGGAUGGAAUUGAAGCUCGGUAUAUGGAAAUACCUCGCGAAAUUGCCGGCGACCCCGAACCCGAGUCCGAUUCGAUUCCGCGCCCACGGACUAACC